GUGCCUGAAUUGUCAUUUUAACUCCACAGCAUGCUCAGGCUUCAGAAGCGACUGGCCUCCAGCGUUCUGCGCUGCGGCAAGAAGAAGGUAUGGCUCGAUCCCAACGAGACCAACGAAAUCGCCAACGCUAACUCCCGUCAGCAGAUCCGCAAGCUGGUCAAAGAUGGUUUAAUCAUCCGCAAACCAGUAACUGUUCACUCCAGGGCUCGCUGCAGGAAAAAUACUCUGGCAAGACGUAAAGGGCGUCAUAUGGGCAUUGGUAAGAGAAAGGGUACAGCAAAUGCCCGUAUGCCAGAGAAGGUUUCAUGGAUGAGGCGUAUGCGGAUCCUCCGUCGAUUGCUGCGUAGAUACCGAGAGUCUAAGAAGAUUGACCGCCACAUGUAUCACAACUUGUACUUGAAGGUCAAGGGUAAUGUGUUUAAAAACAAGCGCAUCUUGAUGGAACAUAUCCAUAAGCUGAAAGCAGACAAGGCUCGCAAGAAGUUCCUGGCUGACCAGGCAGAAGCCCGCAGAUCUAAGACCAAGGAGGCUCGCAAGAGACGUGAAGAACGCCUGCAGGCUAAGAAAGAGGAGAUCAUAAAAACUUUGUCCAAGGAAGAUGAAACAAAGAAGUGAUCAUGCUGUUUCUGUUUCAUAGAAAAUAAAAUGUACA